AUGAGGGGCCCGCGCUGCGCCCCGCUGCUGCUCCUGCUGCUGCUGCCGCCGCUGCUGCUCACGCCCCCCACCGGGGACGCCGCAGUCAUCACCGGGGCCUGCGACAAGGACCCCCAGUGUGGUGGAGGCAUGUGCUGUGCUGUUAGUAUCUGGGUUAAGAGCAUAAGGAUUUGCACACCUAUGGGCAAAGUGGGAGACAGCUGCCAUCCGCUGACUCGUAAAAACCAUUUUGGAAAUGGAAGGCAGGAAAGAAGAAAGAGGAAGAGAAGAAAAAGGAAGAAGGAGGUUCCAUUUUUUGGGCGGAGAAUGCAUCACACAUGUCCAUGUAUGCCGGGCUUAGCCUGUUUACGGACUUCAUUUAAUCGAUUUAUUUGUUUAGCCCGAAAGUAAUCACUUGAGAGUAGAAACUUUAAAUGUGAACAGCCACAUGAUGUCUGUAAAGUCUAUUUACUUG